UGCAUCUUACAGUGGAACAACGCUAAACCUGAAGGAGUUUGAAGGCUUGCUGGCUCAGAUGAGAAAGGAGACUGAUGACGUUGAGAGCCCUAAACGUAGUAUUCGAGACAGUGGCUACAUCGACUGCUGGGACUCUGAGCGCAGCGACUCCCUCUCUCCCCCUCGACACGGCAGAGAUGAUUCCUUCGAUAGCCUGGAUUCCUUCGGCUCCCGUUCCCGGCAGACACCUUCGCCAGAUGUAGUCCUCAGGGGAAGCAGUGAUGGGAGAGGAAGCGACUCAGAAUCCGACUUGCCCCAUCGGAAGCUGCCGGAUGUGAAGAAGGAUGAUAUGUCUGCGAGGCGGACUUCCCACGGUGAGCCAAAAUCAGCAGUGCCUUUUAACCAGUACCUCCCCAACAAAAGCAACCAGACAGCCUACGUCCCUGCACCUCUGAGAAAGAAGAAAGCAGAGCGAGAGGAAUAUCGGAAGAGCUGGAGUACUGCCACCUCCCCACUGGGUGGGGAGAGGCCCUUCAGCUAUCCUGAAACAAUAGAGGAAGAGGGAAGUGAAGUGGGGUCUCCUUGUGAAGAGGACCCCGUCAGCCGAAUGGACCCUGGUGGGAAGCCUCCUGGUGGUGGGUUAGAAUUACCCACCAGCAGUGGGAAGGAGCAGCCUCCUCCAGAGGGGGCUGUGGUGGCACCAGCUCCCAAGUCUGAAGAGGAAGAUGCUGCUGAAAUCCAAAAGCGCCGAAGGCUAGAGCAAGCUGGAAUCAAGGUCAUGCCAGCAGCACAGCGCUUUGCCAGUCAAAAGCAAUUAAGUGACGAGAAAGAAGCUGUUCGAGAUAUUAUCCUUCGCAAAGAAAAUCCUUUCCUGAUCCACCAACACAGCAGAGAUUCAGAAUCAGAAGAUGAAGUUGCAUGUCGACUGCCUGAUCUUGAGAAAGAUGACUUUGCUGCCAGGAGAGCAAGGAUGAACCAGACCAAGCCAGUGGUGCCGCUGAAUCAACUCCUCUAUGGGCCUUACCGAAAAAAAGAGGCAGAGAAAUCAGAUGGCAGCAAGCAACCCUCAAAGGGAAUCUCAGAAAAGAAAAGUCUAGAACAUAAAAGAAACCAAGGCCAAACGGAAGAGGUGAAGUCGAGGGUGACCUGUAUUGUGCGGGCUCAGGAGAGUGAACCUGCGGAAGAGGGGCUCAGGCAGGUGCCGGAUCUUCACAAGGAUGACCUGGCGCAGCGCAGAAUUCAGGGCAGGCUUGGCCCUCACCGCGAGGCUCCGAGCUUUGUCACGGUCACCAAUAUAACAGAAGCCGACCGGGAGACGUGGGAGAGGCUGAAAGUGUCAGGAAAGAAGAGGGAUGGAGAUGUGGAGCACACGUGUGCCCCUGAGCCUUCACCAGAAAUUAAAGCAGAAACUGCCAUCCGUGAUGACUUUGCCAGCCGCAAGGCAAGGGCUUAUAAGAAAGCUUCCAGCCCUAGGCAAAAGUUCGUGCACUUCGGACCAGUGACAGAGAUAGAUCAGCAGACAUGGAAGCGGCUCAGCAUUGGCAGGGCUGGGCCGAAGGAGGAUGCAGAGGAAGUCAUCAGUCACAGCCACAAGAUUCAGACGUACUCUGUGUCCCCUGCCUUGGCGGCCAUGUCCAGUUUACAGGAAGACCACAGGCUUAAUCCACAAAAUGACUGCAGAAUAGUGACGUCCAGUGUAGAUGACCAUUGUGAAAGGGUCUGCCGGCUGGCUGUGCUGCCAGAGUCCCAGGAAGAGCAUAGCUGCAGUUUAGGUGAGUGCCCGAGGAGGACAGAGAAAGUUACCUGCAAACAACUGCCUCAGGAUGACAAAGAAGCGACUGAAGGAGUUGUUCAAAGAGGUUCUGAGACGGUGCCAAAGGCUGAAAGAUCCGAGGAGAGCGGCCAGCCACUUUCAUGUCCUCUGACCUCUGAAUGGGAGGCUUCAGAGAGAGAAGAGAAGUCAGAGAAGAUGACAGCUCCUGCCUGGAGUGGCAGUGGACUGAAAGGCCAAAGAAAAUUGUAUGAUUCACAAAAAGAUGAUGUGAUGGCCAGGAGAACUGGGAUGUCUCUUAGACACAUUGGAUCCAAGCUAAACCAGUUCCGUCCAGUUCCAUCUGCAAAGCAACACAUUGUGGAGGAAUCUGCCAAGGGUCCACCAAUAAAAGAUAAGAGAUACGGACCGAGAACUCCUGUGUCUGAUGACGCAGAGAGCACGAGUAUGUUUGACAUGCGGUGUGAGGAGGAGGCCAAGGUGCAGCCGCACAGCAGGGCCCGCCAGGAGCAGCUGCAGCUGAUAAACAACCAGCUGCGGGAAGAGGAUGACAAAUGGCAAGAUGACCUGGCUCGUUGGAAGAGCCGUAGAAGAAGUGCUUCUCAGGACUUAAUCAAGAAAGAGGAAGAAAGGAAAAAGAUGGAGAAGUUACUGGCUGGAGAGGAUGGGACAAGUGAACGCAGGAAAAGCAUCAAAACCUACAGAGAAAUUGUCCAGGAAAAGGAGCGGAGAGAGAGGGAGUUGCAUGAGGCAUACAAGAAUGCACGGUCCCAGGAGGAGGCGGAAGGGAUCCUUCAACAGUACAUCGAGAGGUUCACCAUCAGCGAAGCUGUUCUUGAACGCUUGGAGAUGCCAAAAAUUCUGGAAAGAAGCCAUUCAACAGAGCCAAACUUAUCCUCCUUCCUGAAUGACCCCAACCCCAUGAAAUACCUGCGGCAACAGUCACUGUCUCCACCCAAAUUCACUGCCACCGUGGAAACCACCAUCGCUCAUACCAGUGUACUGGAUGCCAGCAUGUCAGCAGGCAGUGGGUCUCCAAGCAAAACUGUCACUCCCAAAGCAGUGCCUAUGCUGACACCCAAGCCUUACUCCCAGCCCAAAAACUCUCAAGAGGUCCUGAAGACCUUCAAGGUAGAUGGGAAAGUCACCAUGAAUGGAGAGACGGUUCACGUUGACGAGGAGGAGAAGGAAAGAGAGUGUCCCCCGGUGGCACUUGCCCCCUCGUUGACCAAAUCCCAGAUGUUUGAAGGUGUGGCCAGAGUGCAUGGGUCCCCCAUGGAGCUGAAACAAGACAACAGUAGCAUUGAGAUCAACAUAAAGAAGCCAAGUUCUCUUCCCCAAGAGCUGAUGGCAACCACUGAAGAAACUGAAACAAACAGUCAAGAAGAUGAGAAUGAUGGUGAAAAAACAGAAAAGGGGAAUACAGAAGUUGCCUCAUCAGAGCCACAGUAUUUUACAUCAACUGUGACUCGAUCCAGCCCGACCGUGGCCUUUGUGGAGCUUUCCUCCAGCCCCCAGGUGAAGAACGAGGUGCCAGAAGAGAAAGACCAGAAGAAACCGCAAAAUGAAAUGAGUGGAAAGGUGGAACUGGUGCUGUCACAAAAGGUGGUAAAGCCAAAAUCUCCAGAACCAGAAGCAACCCUGACGUUUCCAUUUCUGGACAAAAUGCCUGAAAGCAGCCAAUUACCUUUGCCAAAUCUCAGUUCUCAAGUGGAUUCUCCAAGCAGUGAAAAGUCACCUGUAACUACACCUUUGAAGUUGUGGGCAUGGGACCCGGAAGAGGAACGCAGGCGACAGGAAAAAUGGCAACAGGAGCAGGAACGUUUGCUCCAGGAGAGAUACCAGAAGGAGCAGGACAAGCUGAAGGAAGAGUGGGAAAAGGCCCAAAAGGAGGUGGAAGAGGAAGAACGCAGAUACUAUGAGGAGGAGCGCAAAAUAAUUGAGGACACUGUGGUUCCAUUUACUAUUUCUUCAAGUUCUGCAGACCAGCUGUCUACAUCCUCCUCUGUGACUGAAGGCAGUGGGACAAUGAAUAAGAUGGACUUGGAAAACUGUCGAGAGGAAGAACAAAAGACAAGACAGAAGAAACCAUUCCAGGGGGAUAACAGUGGCUCAUUGCUUAAGACUAAGGAAGGUGAUCCACUGGAGGAAAAGGGCAGCCUAACUCAAGGAGUCUUGACUCAUUCUGAGAACCCUGCAUUGAAAGGAAUCUAUCAGGACCUCCAGCUGGAUACAGAAGCUGGGGCCUCACCCUGUGGGAUAAACCCACAGCUAGCUCAGGAUCCAUCCCGGAAUCAGCAGGUAUCAAACCCACCAAUGCACAUUUUAGAAGAUGUGAAGCCAAAAACCCUCCCAUUGGACAAAAACAUUAAUCAUCAGAUUGAGUCUCCGAGUGAAAGGCGGAAGAAAAGCCCUCGAGAGAACUUCAAGGCUGGGCACUUGUCCCCCUGCUCCUCCACCCCUCCUGGCCAGUCACCAAACAGGUCUAUAAGUGGGAAGAAGCUGUGUUCUUCGUGUGGGCUUCCGUUGGGUAAAGGAGCUGCAAUGAUCAUCGAGACCCUCAAUCUCUAUUUUCACAUCCAGUGCUUUAGGUGUGGAAUUUGUAAAGGACAGCUUGGAGAUGCAGUGAGUGGGACAGAUGUUAGGAUUCGAAAUGGUCUUCUAAACUGUAAUGACUGCUACAUGCGAUCCAGAAGUGCUGGCCAACCCACAACAUUGUGA